AUGAAGAUUGCCGUAAGACAUUUGACAAAUUGUGCUACCGAUUGGAACGUAGAUUGCAGAGAUGUUACUGAAAAUUAUUUCUAUGAAGAGAGUAUCAAAGGCCACAUACACGUCUUGAGAAAUAUAUGCGACGAUGAAUGGUUUAUUUCAAAAUAUCAGAAUUUGCCUCGUUGUAUCGAAAGUUCAGCAGCUGCGUGGGAAGACUGUUACACAAGGUUCAAACGAAUUGUAGACGAUAAAAAGAACACAACGCACGAGUGGACGCAUUACGUGACACAUUUUUAUUUAUGUUGUGCAAGAGCUCAAUUUCGACGUUGCACUCUGGAAUCUCUUUUAGACGGUAGAAACAAAUGCAGUCACGUUCAGGCUGUGAUACUCCAAAAGUUCUCAGUUAUUGUGUCUCAAGGUGAUGUGUUUCAGGAUUGUGACUUCAACGUUAUUUAUUCUAAUUGUCCUGACGGUGAUCCUCGACCUGACGAAUUUCUUCUUUCAAAACUUGUUACGGCAGAUGAGACCGAAGAUGCGGGACCUAGACUAUCAGCGAAAUGGUGCUUAAUUUCAAUUUUUCUAGGCAUGCAUCUAAUAAACAGUUUAUAAACAUUA